CGUAAACAAAAAGUGACAGUUGAUUCGUGAAGCGUUGUUUGAGCUGUCAAAAUUAUUAAAAUGCUCGUUUGCAGAUCAUUUUAACCAUGAAUUUUGACUUCAGAGAAUUCAAAUUAUGUCGAAUGAAAAUUUGACAGUUUCUUUUCAGUAGAUUUAUGUUAUGUUUACCACCAGAAAAAUGGAAUUUGAACAGGAAAUACUCUCCGAUCACACAACGAAGGAUGGGAGCACAAUUAUUAAAGAAUACGUUACUAUCGUACAAAACCUUAAACAGGAAUUGCAGAAUUGUAAAGUUGAACAGGCAGCUCUUCGAUCUGAACUUGCAAAUGUUCAGGAUGAGAAUAAAGCGGUUGCAAACACAACACGAGAUUUAUUUCUGGCAGUGCAAACAGAGGAUUAUGGCAAAGAGUCGAUAAAUACCAAAGAAAUGAUUACAAAUCUUCAAAAACGUAUCACAAUUAUUCAAAUGGAGAAAGAAUCUGUGGUUCAAUUAUGGCAGAUGUCUUUGAAGGCUAUAGAUUUACUGGAGGAAGAGUUGAAGGGAUUUCAUCGUGAUGGAAGAAGCACCAAAUUUUAUGAAGAGCAGAUGAAUGGUGUCAGAGAGACUUAUUCCGAUGCAAUUAAAGCCUUGGAAGCAAAACUUGUUCAGGCUCGAGAGAAUUUUAUUAAACAGCAAACACUUUGGGAAUCUAGUAAAGAUAAAAUCAAUGUACUAACUUCCGAAAAAGAUGACCUUACAAAGAAGUUCCUGGAUCUGCAGAAAAACGCUCAAGAAAAAGAUUUAAUGGCACAGAAACACAUAGACACUCUGGAAUCAGAGUUGAAUACAUCAAAAUCUGAAAUGGAAAAGGCGCGCAUAUCACAACUUCAGUUAGAGGCAAAGUUAAAAGAGAUGCAACAAUUUGUAGCAACUAUGAUGGCCAAGGAUACUGAAAAUAAAAGUAAGGUCUCAGAGGCUAUAGAAUUAGUUGAAUCUGCAGUCCAAGAAAAAGAACUGGCCUUACAGAGAGAAGCACGCGGUAUAGAUGAAAGAUUGGCACUAGAAAAUCGCUUGUCCAAAAUUGCAAAAGAGUACGAAAUUUCAUUAGAAACUGAAGUGUCAAAAGCAAAAGAAUCUUACGAACGAAACAUAAAAAAAUAUCUACUUGACAUGAAAGAACUGAAGGUAGAACUGCAACAGAAAUCUACCUUGCUUGACAGGGCGCAAAGGGAGUGCAGGCUGGUGGAAGAAGAACUGGAUAAAGUUCGACACGGAUCGGAUGAUUUUCUUCAUCAGUCAAAUUCGAAGUUUCUUGCAUUACAGCAGCAGCUUCAAGAUACAGAAUUCAAGUUACAAGUCAGUGAGGAUAAUAGCAGAAAAAAAUAUACGCUUAAAAUACAGCAACUUGAACAGCAUGUCACAGAACUGGAAGAAAAGCUAGUUGCUACAACCGACCAGUUAAAACGUAUACAAAAACAAAGUUCUAGAGAAAUAGAGGAACGAUUACAUGAGGCAGAUGAACGAACAAAAGAAGCUGUGGAACGUUAUGCCAAUCUUGAAAGAAGAUUGUCAAGAGCAAUUGAUGAAAAAGAGAGUCUGACUGUAGAGUUACGAUUGUUACAAGGGAAUUUUGAUAGAGAAACAAAAAGAAAGGAUCAGGAGAAAAGAUUUCUAGAAUGUCGGGUAAGAGAAUUACAAGAAGACGUUAGAACUGCAGCUAGUUCUAUGGAACAGACUGCUACACAUGCAGACAAACUCGCGGGUCAAAUCGUGAUUCUUGAACAGGAAUUAAAUACAAAAACUGGCAUGCAAAAAUUAGUUGCUGAUACAGAGUUCCGCUGCAAGAUAGAACUAGGACAGAAAAUUCAUAAUUUGAAGGAGAAGUAUGAAAGAAAAACCAAAGAAUUGACCGAACACGUGGAGACUCAUCAGAAGCUGGCCCACAAAUGGAAAGAAGAAGCUAAACGGCUCACCUCAAGUUUUCAAAAACGGCUGAAGGAACUCCGAACCAAGCUAGUUGCCCUGAGGAAAGAGAAUGAAGAAUUGAACAAGGAACUCCUAGCUUCUAGGCAGCAGCUUGCAGAAUUCAGAGAAAAAAUCAUUCACAGAUAUGACCAAGGUGAUACAAUGAGGUGACGGCGUUUACAUAACCCAUAUAGUCUAGUAGUGUUAAAUGAAGUGUGCCGAUUGAUACUUGUGAAUAGUGUAACAAUGCAAAAUCUUAUUUAUUUUACAUACAUACUGGAACUUUUUAAAAA